AUGGAAUAUUUCGAACAGGCGGAACUCAUUCAAUAUUGUAUUCGGGGAUUCGAUUCGUAUGCGAGUGACGACGAAUGGCCACGUCUUGAGAAACGGGAUAUGAGAGAUUCCGUCGAAGCAGCGUCGAAAAAUUUGCAUUUGAAAUUACAAAUAGGCCGAAACAUAUUAUCUACAGACGUAAGCCUGGCGUUGAAGCGAUCAAAAUCUGAAGACGGAGCCGCUACAUAUACGACGAAGACGUCGAAUAAAGGUGCCUUCAACGAAAUCAAAGGGCCUAUGCAACGCUGCAAAAGCGUCGCAAGUAGAGUAGGCGAAGGUUCAUGGUCCCAAUCUAAGAGAUGGAUGAGCCAGGAGACUAAAGAGCGCAUGGCAUUUCACAAGACGAUGCAGAAUUUACACCAUAUUGGGGCUACUAACUCCCCGUUCAUACCCCAGACACCGCUUGAGCUGACAGCACUUCGCGCGGAAAUGGCGGAGAUAAGAAAGAGACGGUUAUCACGAAAAGUCGAAUGGCGAACGGCAACACUUGGUCGCCGAAAAGCCAUUGCUCAGGGCUUAGAUGAGCAAGACGCCAAGUUGGUACCAUUGCUUCAGGGCAAAAAGUUCCCAGACAAUCUCUCAACGGUUUUCGCAUCGCGAAAUUGCUUCAGCGAAUAUGUCUGUCAUGACGAUGCUCAAUCGGCAACAUGGCCCUCGUUGGCGGAGCUCAAAGAGGUGGGCGACAAACGGUCGGGCAGACAUGAACGAUAUCUCCCGCUCCCAAAGCUCAGCAUGACCGUCAAAGGCUAUGCGACAUGUCGACAAGCGUACAGCUGUUCCGCAAAUGACGCAAACCAAAGCGAGAUGGGAGCUGUGAAAGUUGACACACGGUUCAUGAACUCUGUAUCCCCUGCCAACCAGACCCUCUGCCCGCGGACGACAGAAAUGGAUUUAGAGGAGCUGCCCGCUUACCUACAGAAGGCGAUAGUAGAGAUGGAGAAAGAAUUGGAUGACUAG